AUGUCUGCUAUUACAACCAAGUUCGUUACAGACCACGAACUCACCAAUGAAAUGAGUCUCGAAGAGUUUAGCCAGUAUGCGCCAGAAAUACUUGAGCUCUUACCAGCUGAUGGAGAGAAAAGGCGUCAGGCUCGCGAUCGUCUUCAAAAAGGAUAUAACUUUAGUAAAGAACAAGCAUUUGCGUUGAUACCUUCUCAAAGAACUGGUCGAACUAAAAUAUCAGAUAUUAUCCCAGAAGGAGAAAUCAUUAGAGAAACGGCUCAGCGUAUUAUGCGGGAUAGCCUUAGUGAAAAAGAAGUAAAACUUAUAGCUAAAGCAUUAGCCGAGACAUCCCCUAAUCCGGCAAUAAUCGAAGCUACAAAGAUUCCAGGAAUAACCACUUUAUCGAAUAAAAUCCAAAAGGAGAAGAGUUUAUUAUGCGAAGAUAAAGGAAUUCAUUAUCCAGACCACUUCUCGUUAGAAUCGGUUAAGGAGAGAUUGGAUUCGUAUGAUGUAUCUAAUACACCUGACAAACAGGCCCUAGCUGAUGUAAUGAUUAUGCUCUGUAUCCGUCCAGCUGAAAUUAAAGAUUUGCGUAUAUCUAAUGGAGGUGUAACAGGAUAUGUAAAAAACCGAGAUCAACAGGAUAUUCCUCGAGUGUUUAGAUCACUUGAAAAGAAUGAGGAACGGGCAAAGCAAUUGCUUACAUGGAUUCAGGAAGCAAUAUCUUCCGGACAGUUAGGAGACCCAGGGACGUCUAGAACUGGAAUCUUGAGUAGGUUUCUGAAAAAAGCUGAAUUUCUUCCCGAAACUGGUAAGCCCUUACUUCCUAGUUCCUUAUGUAAUUUAGGAGCUGUAUUUGUGGUUGUAGCGAGUAGGGUUAGGAAUCUAUCGAAAGCUAAUACUAUUGCUAGUCAAGCACUUCGACAUAGUCCUAAAAAUAACACUGCGCCAUCGCAGAGGUAUACUAUAGUAAAUUACAGACUUCGUGGAAUGCCUUACGAUCAAGCAAACCCAUUCAUGUUCUUCGAUGAAAACUAA